GUUGCUUCUCUGCUAACAAUAACGAAUAGUAAUUUACAUAGAAAUGUAUAAAUAUAAAAAAGAGAAUCUUUCGAUGAGGCUGUGAAGCCACAUCGAUUGAGAUAGCUGGGGCACAUGUUGCCUAUGUCUUUCCAUUGCCUUACUCGACGGCCAGUGUUUGCUGACAUUGAUUUAGGUCGGAAAAACAGCCAAUGGUGGUCAGACGAAAACACGGAAUCAUUCCAUGAAAUCUUUGACAGUGUGUUGUUUAAGCCAGCUAGCCAUGUUGAGAGAGGUGUAGACUGGGUAGCUAGCUGGUUGGGGUGUCCUCGGGAUGGUAAGAACAAUGGAAAGCUGGAGACAGUUAGUGCUACGACUGGAUAUCUCUUCUCAAUGGUACAAAUGCAGUCACUUUCUGUGAUCCCCGAUAUCUAUAGAUAAAAGACCUUUUUGCUUCUCCCGGAUCUCGUUUCUUCUUUUUUUUGUCCUCCUUUGUUUGGUCUUCAUGGAGUAUGGUGACUCGAACCGCUGGACGUCUGUGCAAAGUUCUGUGUCGAAACAUAGUCAGUCAGUCAGUCUCAUUCUCUAUAGAAAAGUUUUUUUUAUUUUUCUUCAAUCACUUUAAUUGUUACAAACAAUAGCUCUGUAUCUUUUGCAGAGUCUUCUGAACACCUUGCGCUGCAAUCUACGAAUGUUUGGCGUGCGAUUCGCUCCCGCCAAAUGCA